AUGAGCUUCUAUGUUCCCUUGGUUCUUCGCCUAGAAAUUAAGGGGAAAUCUGUAGUUAACUUCAACGAAUCCAGCAAGUUAGAAAUCGCCGCUUCACCAAGUGAAGGGGAAAGAACACGGAGAAGGUUAAUGUCCGGAAUGAAAAAAAGAAGCCCUCCUGCUCCAUCAGAUACGGAUGCUCCUCUGGCAUUGGACAGAAAAUGUGAUAGGAAUACUUCACCCAUAACUAACUUCGCUUGCGCAGGAAGGAGAACUUAUUCUGAAGUUGUUUUAGAAACUUAUGAAGGAGACCGUUUGACUCAAUGUAGCGAGUCUUCUGCACAUACUUCGAAGUUGGGGUCUGAGGCUCCUCCGGAUAUUUCUCAUAUCAACUACUACUAUGGUAAUCCUUGUGUAGAAAAAACAGAGGGAAUUCUUCAUUUUUUCAAAUACAGUGACGAAGGGUUGGCCAAGCAAGCUCAAUGUAGAAUGCUCUGUAUGAUUUCUGUUCCUUCCCAUCAAACUAUUCGAGAUUUAAUUUCGUUAAUUGGACCAAGUCUUCACUAUAUUGAGCGACUAAAAAUCGUAAGAGACUCUAAACCUAACCAAUUUAUGGUUAUUAUAAAGUUCAAAACUCAUAAUGAUACUGUACAGUUCUUCGAAGAAUAUAAUGGCAUGCAGUUCAACUCACUGGAGCCUGAGCACUGUCGACUACUCUUUGUUGAUCGAUUGGAAUGUACUUCUGACUCGGAUAUAUUUGAUAUAUCUGGUCUCACAGAACUGCCAACUUGCACUGUAUGUCUUGAGCGCAUGGACGACGGUGUUCUAACAAUUCUUUGCAAUCACACGUUCCAUGCGGUCUGUUUACAGCAAUGGACAGAUACUACAUGUCCGGUUUGUCGUUUUGUUCAAACACCGGAAUUGGAGGCAGAUCAGAGAUGCGUUGAUUGCUCUCAAACAACAGAUCUGUGGCUUUGCCUAGUUUGUGGAAAUGUUGGGUGUGGUCGCUAUGCUUCAGCUCACGCGUUCAGGCACUUCGAGGAGACUGCCCAUACAUUCUGCUUACAAGUCGGAGGAGAGCGUGUUUGGGACUAUGCAGGGGAUAACUAUGUACAUCGGCUGAUUCAAACAGAUACCGAAGGAAAGCUUGUGGAAUAUCAGAGAGGAGUGACUCAAGAUGUUGAAAAAGAUGAUAAAAUAGAAGGAAUGAAAAUGGAAUACACAUGCCUUUUGACGAGUCAAUUAGAGAAUCAAAGAAAAUUUUUCGAGGCUAGAUUGAAUGAUGUUGAACGGGCUAUGUGUAACAUGGAAAAACUUACUCAUACUCAGAUGGAAGACCUCGAAAGAAAGCUGGCUAUAUCAAGUAAUGAAAUUCGAGUGUUAACGAAAGAACUGGAUGAAAAUAAAUCACUUAAAAGUUCUUUUGAGAAGAAACAUCAAACGGCACUUAACAAGCUUAAUAAGGUCACAUCAGAACUGAAUGAAGAACGUUCUAUGAACACUAUGUUACGGAGUGAUCAACAAAAGUGGAAAGAGAAUUUAGAUAAAGCCACAAAGGAGAGGAAAGAAAUUGAAACUUUUCUGAGAACGCAAAUAAAAGAUAUGGAAGAACAAGUGCGUGAUUUAAUGGUUCAUUUUGAUGCAAAAGAUAAACUGGAGACACACAUGGCUAACUCGCACGUCACUCAAGAGGAAGUGGAAAGUAGCCAAAUAGGUGUUAAUUCUCCGUCUAAGGAAUCGAAUUUGAGGAAAGGACGAAGAAGUGGAAGGAAGUAA